AUGGCAACCGCGAUGGAAUCCCCCAUGGCCUUUCCAGACUCUCCAAUGGAUCCCGAUGAGGCUGCCUUUCCUUGUAAAGGCUGCGGACUGAUCCUUGAAGAAGGAAAAGCGUUUGAACUAGCUGGCAACAGAUGGCACAUUGACUGCUUCCGCUGCAAUACUUGCAACACUCUCCUAGAUUCCGACGCGAAUCUCCUUCUCCUCGGCGAUGGCUCCCUCAUUUGCAACAAUUGCACAUACAGCUGCAGUAACUGCGGUAACAAGAUUGAGGAUCUCGCAAUUUUGACCGGCGAUCAAGCCUUUUGUGCAAACUGCUUCAAAUGUCGGAAUUGCAAGCGGAAGAUAGAAAAUUUAAGAUAUGCACGGACAUCACAAGGGAUUUUUUGCAUGGAUUGCCAUGAGGCAUUGAUGGCCAGAAGACGCAAGAAAACAGCAAAGAGCACCAACGCGCGUUCCAAACUCUCCUCAAACAAUGUUCAUUUGGACAAAUCGCUACCGGCUAUCCCCCCUCCGGAGGCCAGGAAACCUGCAUAUCUCUCGGACAAUCAAUCCCCCUACCCUGAUACCUAUGCCGAAACACCGGCAGCAGGCGUCCCCUCGGUGGGCAAGACGGUCAGUGAAUUGCAGAGAGAUGCGGACUCUCGGCCUUCCUCCGCGGAUCAAAAUCCUCCUCGCGAUAUGCUCACACUCCCUUCGACAACUUUCCGCAAUAACAGACAUUCGACGACGUCCCAACGCUCAGACUUUUCAGGAGGUGGCGAGGAGUUCUUAAUUCCUCUUGCUUUUGAUCCUACACCCCAACCAUCCACUCAAUCUCCCAGCAUCUCAAACCAAGUAACGCCACGAGGCGUUGAGGAGAAGCCCAACGAGAGCUUCUCGACUAGACCAACACCACCCUUGGCUCAAUCAACAAUCGCGAAGUCGAACACUUCAAGUCCUCAUAUUGCAUAUCAAGAAAAAGGACGACAGUCCUCGCGAGAUAUCAUUGAGCGACACCGUGCUGGCGGAAGCGUGAGCAGGUCGGGUUCCGCUAGCGCUUCCCCAUAUGUCCCUACCGAAGAACCUCGAAAAUCGGAAGACUCUCCUCGUCUAUCACAACUUGCUCGUACCAACGAAGCGCAACUGAAUGACAAGUUCAAAUUGCAAGAUGCGCCCAAAACCAAAAAAUUGGCCGCAUCGACUCCCAAUUCACGAUCAGAGGCUUCGACUCCUCGAGCGGAGAUUGCUCCUAAGGAUCCUGUGGAACAAAUGACAACCACAAAAACGCUGGCGGCGCCGGACAUAGGUUCUCCCUCAGAUCAAGGCUUUUCAACACCCCGACUCUCGAGUGACUCGAGUCCAGCUCAUAGUGGAACGACCGAAUCUCCAAGACCUGCGCAACUGCCUGCGACGACGAUGCUCCAAAAUCUACCAAAGCGAGGAGAUUCUCUGGAUAGCGCAAAGCGAGGCCAAACGAUGCCCAGGAAGGAAUUCAAUUCUACAGCGCACAUUCCAUCUUCUCUCAGCGGAGCUGUCAAUGGAACUCCGUCCUCCCAAAAACCAAUUACUUCACCUACCGAUCUCGCAAGAGCAAACGGUGGAAAGGUAAUUUCUGGCCCUAUCGGCUCGCCCGACUCCAAGAGCAUUUUCGACACGACCGAUGAUACUGUGAAUCAAACAGAUCUUCCAAGUACCGCGAAGGGGCCAAAUGAAUCCUUUGUGGACCCUCGGGCACCACCAUUACCCCCUGCCGAUCAUUCGAGAGUUCGCAAUGAAUCUUUCAGCACUCUUCAUUCCGAAAACCAGAGAUAUCUUGACGGCCAGAAGUCACCAGGCCUUCCACGAUAUUCAGCAGGCGGGGAGUUUACGAUGGAUGAGGAUAUGGCCCGAAUCAUGGGUGGUGAUGAACCAAAUACGCAGGAAUCAUUCCUUAGGAGGGUUUCGAAUUCCGUGCGUCAUGGCCGCAGCUACAGUGAUAAGACCGGACGACUAUCGCGGGAUCGCUGGCCGAGGUCACCCGCUGUCCCGACUUCAUCCAUUGGUCAAGAAAUCAGUAGCCCCAGCACUGCGUCGCCUGAAAACCGCGAUGAACUGACCUGGUUCAAGAAUGAGCUUCGGCGAGAGAGGCAGAAGACGGUGGAGCGAGAGAAGAGGAUAGCUGAGCUAGAGGCUCAACUCGACUCGGCCGCAAACAUCAAGCAAGUGAAUUCGGAACUCAAGGAGAAGAGAUCGACCAUGGUUGUUCUUGACACACAAAAGGAGAUCGUGAUUCGAGAGCUGGAGGUUCUGACCGAGCACCUGGCUGUUGCAAAGCGUAGCGGGGAGCCAUUCGACCUUUCCAAGCUGAGCAACACCGUUCUUCGCGAAUUUGCAGAGGCCUUGGAGAAAUUGAAGAAUUCCUUUGCGCCUCAGAUCGAAGAAUCAAUCCAAAAGCGGAAUGAUCUUGUCGACGAGAUUGCGAACCUGACCCAAAUGAAAGAUAAGAGCUUCAUGGAAUUUGAGCAGUUGUCGUCAAAGAAUGCACAGCUAGCCGAGCUCAACAACCAACUGGUCCACCAGAUCCAAGGAUUGUACAAGGCCAAUUCAGGAGCCCAGGCCGAGACUCCCAAGCCUGCCGUGAACGGACUGGGAAUCUACCCUCACCACAAGGAAAAGUCGAAUCUCUCUUUUGAGGCGAGGGAAAUGCGUAAUAUGUCCACCGACUUGACCAAUAUCGAUUCAACUAGCACUUUACAGGCAGGUGAAGCAGAGCCAGUAACAGUGCUGCAGGGUCCCCAGAUGGUGAAUAUUAGAAAGGCCCAGCCCAAGAAGUUUGAUUGGAGAAAGGGACAAAAGGUUGCCAAGGGAGUUACCAAGGGCUUGAAGGGUGCUUUCUCCUCCACGCAGCAGACCUACAGCAAGGAGAUGCAAUUUGCAGAAACGGGUGCAUAUGGCUCGAACACUGUCGGCCAGGAGUACUCCCAUAUGCCCAAGAAUAACCAAGAACCUGUCAAGCAGGGUGGCUUCGGCUUCUUCGGCAACCAGAAAGCUCCCCCCAGGUCCAAUGGUCUGUAUGCAACACAGACUAAUGCCAGCACACCAUCUCUGUUGGUUGAUGCCGCAACACAAUUAUUUGGCUCGGAUCUUGAACAACGUGCCGAAUUUGAGAAGACCACUAUUCCUGCGAUUGUGAGGAAAUGUGUCGAAGAAGUAGAAUCUCGAGGCAUGGAUAUUGAAGGCAUCUACCGAAAAUCAGGAGGCAAUUCACAAGUACAGCAAGUCAAAGACUGGUUUGAGAAUCCUUCCAAGGAUUUCGACAUCUCUGAUCCAGACCUGGAUAUUCACGCCGUCACGUCUGGACUGAAACAAUACUUCCGACGGCUACCGGUGCCACUUAUUACCUAUGACGUGUACGACAGGCUCCUGGAUACGACAACAAUUCCAGACAGAGAAAAUAGAGUCGAUGCCAUGCAACGGGCAUUGGAAGGCCUACCUCGAGUUCACUACGAGACACUUGAGUAUCUCAUCCAGCACUUGGCGCGGGUAGUACAGCAAGAAAAAGAAAAUCUCAUGACCAGUAUGAACAUGGCGGUGGUGUUUGCGCCUACAAUCAUGAGACCGGAGAGCAUAAGUCGCGAAUUGAGCGAUACCAAAAUGAAGAAUGAAGCCGUGAUGUGGAUGGUUGAGAAUAGUGAAAGAUUGUUUGGGAAGUAA